AUGAGCCAGGCCAAGCGACCACUUGAUUCCGCUGGUGAUGAUGCAAGUGCAUCUAAGCGUCUCAAUGCCGGAAAAUCGGCGUCCUCAGCCCCUACUAAACAGACAUCCUUGUUAGACUGGGCAAUUAAACCUAAGGCCCCUGCAGCGACGAUUGCCAGCGAUAAUACCACGGCUACUACUGAUGCAUCCUCCAGCACUGAAACCGAGGAGUCAUCAUCUGCUUCGUCGUCUAAGCCACGGCCUGAUAUCCUUCAAGGCCUUCCUGGUGAUAAAAAGGCUCUGUUGAAACUUGAGCAAGAGACUAUAGAUCCAACAUGGCUGCGUGCGCUCCAAAGUGAGUUCACUAAGCCUUACUUCAUCGAGCUGAAGAAGUUUUUAAUGAAAGAGGAGAUUAGCGGACAGAAGAUCUUUCCCCCAAGAGCCGACAUUUAUAGUUGGUCUAGAUUUACUCCUCUGCCUCUUGUGCGCGUUGUGAUCUUGGGUCAAGAUCCAUAUCACGGAGAUGGCCAGGCCCAUGGACUGUGCUUUAGUGUUAAAAAGCCUGUCCGACCGCCUCCUUCGCUUCUCAACAUGUUCAAGCUUCUUGAAAAAGAUGUGCCAGGUUUCCAGAUCCCUGAUCAUGGUUAUUUGGAGUCAUGGGCCCGUCAAGGAGUGUUGAUGGUCAACGCUGCUAUGACAGUACGUGCUCACCAGGCUAACUCACAUAAAGGGCGAGGUUGGGAAAAAUUGUUGGAUGCUGUUAUCAAGAUAGUCAGUGAUCAACGCCGAAAUGUAGUGUUCUUAAUGUGGGGUAAAGAUGCACAGAAUCGUGGUACACUUGUGGAUAAGAAAAAGCACUUGGUAUUGCAGAGUGUUCAUCCUUCUCCUCUUAGCGCGCAUCGUGGUUUUUUUGACUGCAAUCAUUUUUCAAAGGCAAACAAGUAUUUAGAGGAACAUGGCCAGAAACCCAUCAACUGGAACAGCCUUAUUGACGACAAAUCGUAA